ACUCUAAUACAACAAUACGACAAAAUUUAUUAUCGAUUGUUGAGCAGUCCACCACUGAUGCUAUGUUUCAGACAAUAGCAUAUUGAUAAGAACGGUGACAUGCUUGUGUGUAUAUAUUAUAUAUAGAUAAUGAUAUAUAUUCUUCUACAGAUUCAAAUUCAAGAUAGAAUUCGAACCCAAAACCCAUGGUCUUCUUCCAAUUCGAGAAAUCUAUUAAAAAGCCAUGACGAUUGAAGUGGUAAAUGAGUGCAAGAACACCAAGAAAUCAACCAGAAAGAGCAAGAAAGAUGGUGUUGGUGACGAGAAAGUUCCUCUGUUGCCCAAGAAAACAGAGGAGGACCAACAUGGGUCUGGUGGAGAGUUCAAUGGAGCUUCAUUUACUGGGUCGGUCUUCAAUCUGUCCACCACCAUCAUCGGUGCUGGUAUUAUGGCUUUACCUGCCACCAUGAAAGUGUUGGGUCUCGGCCUCGGCAUCGCCAUUGUCUUGUUCGUCGCCUUUUUGGCAGAGGCUUCAAUCGAUUUCCUGUUGAGGUUCAGUCGAAUUGGUGGGUCGAUCACUUAUGCUGGUGUUAUGGCUGAUGCAUUUGGGAAUUUGGGCCGAACAUUGUUGCAAGUUUGUGUUUUAAUCAACAAUGUCGGUAUACUAGUUGUUUACAUGAUCAUCAUUGGUGAUGUGCUAUCUGGGACAUCUUCAAGUGGGAUUCAUCAUGCUGGUGUGCUGGAAGGAUGGUUUGGGGAACAUUGGUGGACUGGGCGUACCGUUGUUCUUCUUGUAACAACUCUUCUUGUGCUUGCUCCAUUGGCAUGUUUAAAGCGGAUUGAUUCAUUGAGAUUCACAUCUGCCUUGGCAGUCGCAUUGGCAGUUGUUUUUCUAGUUAUUACUGCAGGAAUCACUGUUUAUAAAUUACUAGAUGGAAGUAUUGCAAUGCCCAGAAUGCUGCCUCAGAUUACGGAUAUCCAUUCGGUCUGGAAUCUCUUUACUGCAUUCCCUGUUAUUGUGACAUCAUAUAUCUGCCACUACAAUGUGCACACAAUUGGCAAUGAACUCAAGGACUCUUCAUUAAUGCAAUCUGUUGUGCGAACUUCAUUGGCUAUGUGCUCAAUUAUUUACAUAAUGAUAAGCUUCUUUGGGUUCCUUCUAUUUGGUGAUUCAACUCUUGAUGAUGUGCUGGCCAACUUUGACACCAACCUUGGCAUCCCUUAUAGCUCUCUGCUCAACGAUGCUGUUCGUGUUAGUUAUGCCCUCCAUCUCAUGCUUGUUUUCCCCAUCAUCUUCUAUCCACUGCGCAUCAGUUUCGAUGCUAUGCUCUUUCCCUCUGCCAGGCCUUUAGUGUUGAGUAAUCAUCGAUUUUCAUUGAUCAGCAUAGGUCUCAUUUCUCUCAUCUUCUUGGGUGCAAACUAUGUACCCAGCAUCUGGGAUGCUUUCCAGUUCACUGGAGCUACUGCUACAGUUUGCCUUGGGUUCAUCUUUCCUGCAGCAAUUGCUUUAAGGGAUCCUCAUGGCAUAGCUACAAAAAAGGAUAAGAUGUUGUCUGUUUUCAUGAUUGGUCUUGCCGUGUUUGCAAAUUUUGUGGCCAUAUACAGUAAUGCCCACGCACUGUUUAAGACGGCUGCAUCCUGGAUUCAUGAUCUCUCUUGACAUCCUUAAUUAGCAGAUCAAGACAAGACAGUGCUGAGAUUUCUACAUCAUUUUACUUUGGGUAGGUUUGUGAAUUCGAUAAUUGGAGAAGAAACUGAAUAUACAAGUUGAUGUCUCCAUUAGUGGAACACAAACUCAAUGCUUAAGUUGAGGUGUCCUCAGAUACCAUAUAUGUGCCCUUUGUAUUGUGCAACUUAUGGCUUGAGAUUGGAUUACAAUAACUGUGUGUUGAUAGUGGAUAUUCUUGUCGCACAAUUCUUCUAAACGGGUACCGACCGCUCUCUUGUUAACUCUGUGUAAUUGAGAUAUUCUUGUCGCACAAUUCUUCUAAACGGGUACAGACCGCUUUCAUGUUAA